AUGACUGGUACGUUAUUAAAUGCUGUUGUAGUUGCUGAAACUAAAGUAGUGGUAGUCGUACGACCUGCCGUCGUUGUUGUUGGAGCAGCAGUCGUAGUCGUACGGGUUGCUGUGGUUGUCGUUGGAGCGGCACUGGUAGUCGUACGGGCUGCUGUGGUUGUCGUUGGAGCGGCACUGGUAGUCGUACGGGCUGCUGUGGUUGUCGUUGGAGCGGCACUGGUAGUCGUACGGGCUGCUGUGGUUGUCGUUGGAGCGGCACUGGUAGUCGUACGGGCUGCUGUGGUUGUCGUUGGAGCGGCACUGGUAGUCGUACGGGCUGCUGUGGUUGUCGUUGGAGCGGCACUGGUAGUCGUACGGGCUGCUGUGGUUGUCGUUGGAGCGGCACUGGUAGUCGUACGGGCUGCUGUGGUUGUCGUUGGAGCGGCACUGGUAGUCGUACGACCUGCCGUCGUUGUUGUUGGAGCAGCAGUCGUAGUCGUACGGGCUACUGUGGUAGUUGUUGGAGCGGCACUGGUAGUCGUACGGGCUGCUGUGGUUGUCGUUGGAGCGGCACUGGUAGUCGUACGGGCUGCUGUAGUUGUUGUUGGAGCGGCACUUGUUGUCCUAAUGGCCGCCGUCGUUGUUGUAGGUGCGGAAGUAGUUGUCGUCGGUGCUGCUGUCCUUGUUGUGGGAGCUGCAGAAGUAGUCGUCGAUGCUGCUCCCGUUGUUGUUAGAGCUGCUGUCGUUGUUGUGGGAGCGGCAGUGGUAGUCGUCGGAGUGGAAGUAGUAGUUGUCGAUGCUGCUCCCGUUGUUGUUGGAGCUGCUGUCGUUGUUGUGGGAGCGGCAGUAGUGGUCGUCGGAGUUGCUGUUGUUGUUGUGGGAGCGGCAGUGGUAGUCGUCGUAGUGGAAGUAGUAGUCGUCGAUGCUGCUCCCGUUGUUGUUGGAGCUGCUGUUGUUGUUGUGGGAGCGGCAGUGGUAGUCGUCGGAGUGGAAGUAGUAGUCGUCGAUGUUGCUCCCGUUGUUGUUGGAGCUGCUGUCAUUGUUGUUGUGGUAGCGGCAGUAGUAGUCGUCGGAGUGGAAGUAGUAGUCGUCGAUGCUGCUCCCGUUGUUGUUGGAGCUGCUGUUGUUGUUGUGGGAGCGGCAGUGGUAGUCGUCGGAGUGGAAGUAGUAGUCGUCGAUGUUGCUCCCGUUGUUGUUGGAGCUGCUGUCAUUGUUGUUGUGGUAGCGGCAGUAGUAGUCGUUGAGGUUGCCGUAGUUGUGGUAGGAGCGACAGUGGUAGUCGUCGGAGCGGCAGUUGUAGUUGUCGGAGCAGCAGUGGAAGUUGUCGGUGCUGCUAUCGUUGUUGUCGGAGUUGCUGUAGUAGUCGUCGGAGCUCUUGUCGUUGUUGUCGGAGCAGUAGUAGUCGUUGGGGUAGACGUCGUUGUUGUGGAAGCUGCUGUCGUUGUUGUCAAAAUUACUAGUGUCCUUGUGGGAGUUGUUGUGCUUGCUUCCGAUACUGUUGUCGUUGUAACUGCAGCGGUAGAUGUCGUCGUUGGUGUAGUAGGUGUUGUGGAUGGUGCAGCUGUAGUCCUUGGAGUCGCCACAAGACUCGUUCGAGCACAUGCUGACGAUUUUCCGCAUAAAGGAGCAUACCAGAUCGCUAGAAACAUCUAA